AUGACUUCCUAUGUCUACCGACCCUUGCGGAAUGGAGAGAUCCGACUUUUCAAUCUGUCAUUGGGUAGUUUGGAUGAUCCCCUGGUAGGCCGGCUGACACAUCAUUCGGUCGAUGCAGGGGUCCCGAGUUAUACAGCACUUUCUUACGUAUGGGGAAACGCAAUAUCACAUGUUCCAGCUCGAAUACUCCCCAACGCCUCAAAAUGCAUCACCUUCAACCUUGAAUGUGCGUUGCGGCAUCUACGAAGCCUGGACAGCGAAAUACUCCUAUGGGUGGACGCUUUAUGCAUCAAUCAGGAUGACAAUGCUGAGAAAGCCCAACAGGUCGGCCUGAUGCGCGAUAUCUAUGCUAUGGCCUCCGAGGUCGUAGCGUUUCUCGGCAAUGAGCGCUGUAAACUCAGUGGUGCUACAAAGUUGGCAUCGCUGAAUGCAGAAGAUCGUGCGGUUACUGGAAGCGGUUCCGGUCCAUGCCUGACUGACUUUCUCGAUUGGGCUCGGACAAAGGACCAGGACUCUGUAUGGCAUGGAUUGUUCAGUGUGCUUUGCAGUAGCUGGUUUUCACGGUUGUGGAUCAUCCAGGAGGCCCUCGUAGCUCGAAAGCUCUCUUUUCGCUGCGGCACUGAAUCAGUAUCUGUCCAAGCACUAGCAGGCCUUGUCAGCGAGAUACCUCAUACAGUCAGUCCAUCUCUAAGAGGGAACUCAGCGGAACAGGAAGCUUGGAAAUACAUGCUCAACAGCAUAGGGCUCAUCCGAAAGAUAGCUUCCAGAAACUUGGUAGGUGCCCAUACCAGGCAUAAAGCAGACCUACUGGAACUUUUGUGGAAUUAUCGUGGACAUAAAGCAAGUAAAGCAAGAGAUCAUCUGUUCGCUCUUCUUGGCCUGGCAAAUGUACCUUAUAAUACGCUACUCAGUCCAGACUACACGUCGAAUUUAGAAGUUGUCAUAUACCGCUAUGCUCGGUUUUUUGUGGAAUUCGACAAAGAUCCAAUUCGUCUACUAUACUCUGCUCGUGGCAUCUCCAAUGAUGAUCGCUUUCCAUCUUGGAUACCAAACUGGAUACUAGACGAGGAAGAGCCCGGAAGAAGCUGUCACAUAGCAUGUCGUUUUCUUACACCUGCCAAAAGAUUUUAUUCUGCCGCUCUCUCAACACCACCAAGCAUGCGAAUCGGCAAAACAGACAAUGUGGUCAUCGUCACUGGUAGCAUCUUCAGCUACCUCACGGUGCUUGGAGACAGCCACUGGGAAGAGGUUGACCAGGAGGAUAAUCACGUCCAACGCUGUCUAGCGUACAUCCAGGAAUCCGAUCACUUCGUUCACAAACUGUCCACGUAUCCCACCGGUGAAGAGUUAGAGGACGUGAAGAUCAGGCUGUUGGUGGGCAACCGAGCUUGGAACCCGGGCUUAAGCUAUACAUAUCUCGAAGAUGACUAUGUUCGACAGUAUAAAAAUUUUCGCCAGAAUUUUGAACAUACUCGAAAGCCACAGCAGCGGUUGAUUGCUUUGUUUGAUGCCGCAAAGAACAAGGAAAAAACCAUUGGCUAUAUCAACGCUUUGCUCAACAUGACUGAUGUGAGACUCUGCCGCACCAAAAAUGGCUACCUGGGACUAGGUCCUCCUGGCGCACAAACUGGCGAUGCGGUAUGUAUCAUCAACGGUAGCUGCGUUCCAUUUGUUCUCCGUUCCUCCCCAGACGUCAAAGGGUCUUUUCAGCUGGUAGGAAAAUGCUACAUCCACGGAAUCAUGGAGGGCGAGGCGAUGCAGAUAAAGGACUUGGUCCAAAAGCAAAUCAGCUUGGUGUAA